CUGCUCACAGAUUUUCUCCUGAUGGCUGACUCUCAACCACUCCUCUCCCUUGAUGGGGACGCCGUGGCUGCAGAAGCCUUGCUCCGGGAUGUGUUUGGGAUUGUGCUGGAUGAGGUCAUUCGGAAAGGGACCAGUGCCUCCGAGAAGGUCUGCGAGUGGAGGGAGCCAGAGGAGCUGAAGCAGCUUCUGGAUUUGGAGCUGCGGAAUGAGGGGGAGUCACAGGAGCAGAUCCUGGAGCGCUGCCGGGCUGUGAUCCGCUACAGUGUGAAGACCUGUCACCCUCGAUUCUUCAACCAGCUCUUCUCAGGGUUGGAUCCUCAUGCCCUGGCCGGGCGCAUUGUCACUGAGAGCCUCAACACCAGCCAGUACACAUAUGAGAUUGCCCCUGUGUUUGUCCUCAUGGAGGAAGAGGUGCUGAAGAAACUCCGGGCCCUGGUGGGCUGGAGCUCUGGGGACGGCGUCUUCUGCCCUGGUGGCUCCAUCUCCAACAUGUAUGCUGUGAACUUGGCCCGCUAUCAGCGCUACCCGGAUUGCAAACACAGGGGCCUCUGGGCACUGCCGCCCCUGGCCCUUUUCACAUCAAAGGAGUGUCAUUACUCUGUCAAGAAAGGAGCUGCUUUUCUGGGACUUGGCACCGACAGUGUCCGAAUGGUCAAGGCAGAUGAGAGAGGGAAAAUGAUCCCUGAGGAUCUGGAGAGGCAGAUCGGUCUGGCCGAGGCUGAGGGUGCUGUGCCAUUCCUGGUCAGUGCCACCUCUGGCACUACUGUGCUGGGGGCCUUUGACCCUCUGGAGGCAGUUGCAGACGUGUGCCAGCGUCAUGGACUGUGGCUGCACGUGGAUGCCGCCUGGGGAGGGAGCGUCCUGCUGUCACAGACACACAGACAUCUCCUGAAUGGGAUCCAGAGGGCUGACUCCGUGGCCUGGAAUCCCCACAAGCUCCUCUCCGCAGGCCUGCAGUGCUCAGCUCUUCUUCUUCGGGACACCUCGAACCUGCUCAAGCGCUGCCACGGGUCCCAGGCCAGCUACCUGUUCCAGCAGGACAAGUUCUACGAUGUGGCUCUGGACACUGGAGACAAGGUGGUGCAGUGUGGCCGCCGCGUGGACUGUCUGAAGCUGUGGCUCAUGUGGAAGGCACAGGGCGGGCAGGCGCUGGAGCGGCGCGUGGACCAGGCCUUUGCCCUUGCCCGGUACCUGGUGGAGGAAUUGAAGAAGCGGGAAGCUUUUGAGUUGGUCAUGGAGCCUGAAUUUGUCAACGUGUGUUUCUGGUUCGUGCCCCCCAGUCUGCGGGAGAAGAAGGGGAGUCCGGAUUACGGUGAAAGGCUGGCUAAGGUGGCCCCAAUCCUCAAGGAGCGCAUGGUGAGGAAGGGCUCCAUGAUGAUUGGCUACCAGCCCCACGGUACCCGGGGCAACUUCUUUCGCAUGGUCGUGGCCAACCCUGCGCUGACACGGGCAGAUAUGGACUUCCUGCUGAAUGAACUGGAAUGGCUGGGCCAGGACCUCUGA